GGCUUCCGCGUUUGGCGGGUACUUUGUCUCUGGCUGUAGCCAGAGCUGCAGGUCUCGUCUUCCCUGGUUUGUGUCCUCUUCUCCUAGGGGCCCAGCCUCUGUGGCCCUGUGACCUGCAGGUAUUGGGAGAUCCCCAGCUAAGGCGCCAGGGCCCCCUGGAAGCCUAGAAAUGGGACCACUGACAAUUAGGGAUGUAACUGUAGAAUUCUCUCUGGAGGACUGGCAAUGCCUGGACAUUGUUCAGCAGAAUUUAUAUAGGGAUGUGAUGUUAGAGAACUACAGAAACCUGGUCUUCCUGGGUAUUGCUGUCUCUAAGCCAGACCUGAUCACCUGUCUGAAGCAAGGAAAAGAGCCCUGGAAUAUGAAGAGACAUGAGAUGGUAGCCAAACCCCCAGUUAUGUGUUUUCAUAUUGCUGAAGACCUUUGCCCAGAGCAAGACAUAAAAUCUUUUUUCCAAAAAGUCAUACUGAGGAGAUAUGAUAAAUGCAAACAUGAGAAUUUACAAUUAAGACAGGGCUGUAAAAGUGUGGAUGAGUGUAAGGUGUGCAAAGGAGGUUAUAAUGGACUUAAUCAAUAUCUGAUAACUACCCAGAGCAAAAUAUAUCAGUGUGAUAAAUAUGUAAAAGUCUUUUAUAAAUUUUCAAAUUCAGAUAGACAUAAGAUAAGACAUACUGCAAAGAAAACUUGCAAAUGUAAAGAACGUGGCAAAUCAUUUUGCAUGCUUUCACAACUAACUCGACAUAAGAGAAUUCAUAUUAGAGAGAAUUCCCACAAAUGUGAAGAAUGUGGCAAAACCUUUAACCAGUCCUCAGCUCUUACUCGACUUAAGAUGACUCAUACUGGAGAGAAACCCUACAAAUGUGAAGAGUGUGGCAAAGCUUUUAACCGGUCUUCACACCUUACUCAACAUAAGAUAAUUCAUACUAGAGAGAAACCCUACAAAUGUGAAGAGUGUGGCAAAGCCUUUAACCGGUCUUCACACAUUAUUCAACCUCUUACUACCCUUACUCAACAUAAGAGAAUUCAUACUGGAGAGAAACCCUACAAAUGUGAAGAGUGUGGCAAAGCCUUUAACCAGUCCGUAAACCUUACUACACAUAAGAUGAUUCACACUGGAGAGAAACCCUACAAAUGUGAAGAGUGUGGCAAAGCUUUUAACCGGUCUUCACACCUCACUCAACAUAAGAUAAUUCAUACUGGAGAGAAACCCUACAAAUGUGAAGAGUGUGGAAAAGCCUUUAACCGGUCUUCACACCUUACUAAACAUAAAAGAAUUCAUACUAGAGAGAAGGCCUACAAAUGUGAUGAAUAUUGCAAAGCCUUUAACUGGUCUUCAGCUCUUAAUACCCUUACUCAACAUAAGAUAAUUCAUACUAGAGAGAAACCCUACAAAUGCGAAGAGUGUGGCAAAGCCUUUAACCAGUCUUCAUACCUUAUUCGACAUAAGAUAAUUCAUACUGGAGAGAAACCCUACAAAUGUGAAGAGUGUGGCAAAGCCUUUAAGCAGUCUUCAAACCUUACUCAACAUAAGAUAAUUCAUACUGGGGAGAAGCCCUACAAAUGUGAAGAAUGUGGCAAAGCCUUUAACCGGUCUUCACACCUUACUCAACAUAAGAUAAUUCAUACUAGAGAGAAACCCUACAAAUGUGAAGAAUGUGGCAAACCUUUUAAUCAUUUCUCAUACCUUACCAUACAUAAGAUAAUUCAUAAUGGAGAAAAACCCUACAAAUGUGAAGAAUGUGUCAAAGCUUUUAACUCUUCCUCACUCCUUAUGAAACAUAAGGGAAUUCAUAAACAGAAACCCUACAAAUGUGAAGAAUGUAGCCUGGCUUUUAACAAAUCCUCAACAUUUAUUAAGCACAAAAUAAUUCAUGCUAGAGAGAAACCCUUGAAAUGUGAUGAAUGUGGCAUAGCCUCUACCCAGUUCUCAACUCUUACUAAACAUAAAAUAAUUCAUACCAGAGUGAAUUUCUGCAAAUGUGAAAAAUGUGGAAAAGCUUUUAACUGCCCUUCAAUCAUCACUAAACACAAGAGAAUUAAUACUGGAGAGAAACCCUACACAUGUGAAGAAUGUGGCAAAGUCUUUAACUGGUCCUCACGUCUUACUACACAUAAAAAAUUUUAUACUGGAUACAAACUCUACAAAUGUGAAGAAUGUGGCAAAGUUUUUAACAAGUCCUCAAUCCUUACUACCCAUAAGAUAAUUUGCACUGGAGAGAAAUUCUACAAAUGUAAAGAAUGUGCCAAAGCUUUUAACCAAUCCUCAAACCUUACUGAACAUAAGAAAAUUCAUCCUGGAGAGAAACCUUACAAAUGUGAAGAAUGUGGCAAAGCUUUUAACUGGCCCUCAACUCUUACUAAACAUAAGAGAAUUCAUACUGGAGAGAAACCCUACAAAUGUGAAGAAUGUGGCAAAGCCUUUAACCAGUUCUCAAACCUUACUACACAUAAGAGAAUCCAUACUGCAGAGAAAUUCUAUAAAUGUACAGAAUGUGGUGAAGCUUUUAGCCGGUCCUCAAACCUUACUAAACAUAAGAAAAUUCAUACUGAAAAGAAACCCUACAAAUGUGAAGAAUGUGGCAAAGCUUUUAGAUGGUCCUCAAAGCUUACUGAACAUAAGUUAACUCAUACUGGAGAGAAACCCUACAAAUGUGAAGAAUGUGGCAAAGCCUUUAACUGGCCCUCAACCCUUACUAAACAUAACAGAAUUCAUACUGGAGAGAAACCCUACAAAUGUGAAGUAUGUGGCAAAGCCUUUAACCAGUUCUCAAACCUUACUACACAUAAGAGAAUUCAUACUGCAGAGAAACCCUACAAAUGUGAAGAAUGUGGCAAAGCUUUUAGCCGGUCCUCAAACCUUACUAAGCAUAAGAAAAUUCACAUUGAAAAGAAACCCUACAAAUGUGAAGAAUGUGGCAAAGCUUUUAAGUGGUCCUCAAAGCUUACUGAACAUAAGAUAACUCAUACUGGAGAGAAACCCUACAAAUGUGAAGAAUGCGGCAAAGCUUUUAACCAUUUCUCAAUCCUUACCAAACAUAAGAGGAUUCAUACUGGAGAGAAACCCUACAAGUGUGAAGAAUGUGGCAGAGCUUUUACCCAAUCCUCAAACCUUACUACACAUAAGAAAAUUCAUACUGGAGAGAAAUUCUACAAAUGUGAAGAAUGUGGAAAAGCUUUUACCCAAUCUUCAAACCUUACUACACAUAAAAAAAUUCAUACUGGAGGAAAACCCUACAAAUGUGAAGAAUGUGGCAAAGCUUUUAACCAGUUCUCAACUCUUACUAAACAUAAGAUAAUUCACACUGAGGAGAAACCCUACAAAUGUGAAAAAUGUGGCAAAGCCUUUAAGUGGUCCUCAACCCUUACUAAACAUAAGAUAAUUCAUACUGGAGAGAAACCCUACAAAUGUGAAGAAUGUGGCAAAGCUUUUAAACUGUCCUCAACCCUUUCUACACAUAAGAUUAUUCAUACUGGAGAGAAACCCUACAAAUGUGAAAAAUGUGGCAAAGCUUUUAACCGAUCCUCAAACCUUAUUGAACAUAAGAAAAUUCAUACUGGAGAGCAACCCUACAAAUGUGAAGAAUGUGGCAAAGCAUUUAACUAUUCCUCACACCUUAAUACACAUAAGAGAAUUCAUACUAAAGAGCAACCCUACAAAUGUAAAGAAUGUGGCAAAGCUUUCAACCAAUAUUCAAACCUUACUACCCAUAACAAAAUUCAUACUGGAGAGAAACUCUACAAACCUGAAGAUGUAACAGUGAUUUUGACAACACCUCAAACUUUUUCAAACAUAAAAUAAAUUAUACUGGUGAGAAAUUCUAGAAAUGUAAAGAAUGUGACAAAGGCUUUACAUGGUUGUCACACUUGAUUAUAGAUAAGAUAAUUUAUAUUGGAGUAAACUUCUACAAGUAUGAAGAAUGUGGCAAAACUUUUAAUUAAUGCUCAUACCUUAUUGUACAGGAAAGAAUUUUUACUUGGAAAAACAUGUAUACACAAAGAAUGUGGAAAAGCCAUUAAUAUGUGCUCAUAUCUUACUCAACAUCAGAGAGUCUGUACUUGAUAAAACCAUUAUAGAUGCAACUAGUGUCAAAAUAUCUUUCAGAAAAUAGAAGCCUUUAAAGUGAAGAAGAUAAUUCAUUCUGAAGACAAACAUUACAAAUAUUAAGAGGGUUGUAGUACCAUUACUUGCAUCGCAGAUCUUAUUGUACACAUUUUGUACUAAAGAAAACCCUGAAGCAUUGCUCAAAUACUGUUCAACAUCAGAAAAUUUAUAUUAGAAAAAAACCCUGGAAAAUGUAAUAAAUUUGUAAAAACAGUUUUGAAAAACUACAGCUUAUAAAACAUGAGGGUCUAUAAUACUCGGUUGAUAGUUCAAAGUUUGUUCAACAUCAGGGAAUUUAUAUUGGAGAAAAACCCUACAAAUGUAAUCAGUUUGGAAAAACAUUUUUUUAAAAACCACAGCAUAGAAAACACCAGAGUGUUCAUAUUAAAAUAUGUUUUCACAGAUGCAGUAAAAAUGAAAAAAAUUUAAUCCGAAAUUAAGUUUAUGUAAAUAUCUGAGAAUACACAGUAGAAAUAUCUAAGGCACGGACACUUCAGACAUUACACUAAAUCAGUGCUAAGUACAGAAAACAACACUAAAUAAAACUUGGUGGAUAAAUUAUUUGUAUAUAACAUUAAAAGAAGUAGAAGAUUUUCAGAGUUAUAAUUACAAUUAAAGUAUACUUUUAUCUUGAAAAAAUUACUGAUUUUUAAAUUAGUGAAUAAUGAUGUAAUUAAACUCUCACAUAACUUUA